CUCCUCCAACCCUCUAAUCUCAAUCAAGCACAAAUUAAACACCCUGUCCAUUUGGAGUCCAAACCAGAUAAGUAGGAAAUUAACAUGCAUGUGGGAAAUGAUAUGAUUGGGAUGAUGAUGAUUAGUGCAUGUGCCAUCUAAGUAUAGGCAGCUGGAGCACAUACGCCGGCAGGCCAUCGCUAGGCGUCUGCGUCUCCUCCGUCCGUCCGUCGCUGCCUAGCUUGUCUCCCGUCCCUCCGCGCGCGCGCGCCCCUGCCAACUUUAUCCUCCCUCCUCAAACACCACCGGGCGGCGAUGGUGGCACCCUCCCCCUGCUAGCUAGCUAGCCAGCACCCGUCUCCCCGCGCGCCCGGUCGGCCCUUCCCGUGGCAGCAAGGACGACCAGGAUGGCACCCACCACAGCCGCCCCGCGCCUCAUCCGGUCCUCGGCGGUGAUGCCCGGCGGGCUCCUGCUGCUGGCGCUGCUGCUAGUCGGCGUGACGGAGGUGUCCAGCAUCCGGGUCGACGUCAUCCGGCUGCCGUCGGCGGCGCCGUUCCCGGCCUUCAGGGAGGCCCCGGCGUUCCGCAACGGCGACGAGUGCCCGCCGCGCGGGUCCGCGGACGGCCGGGUGGACAUCGCCAUGACGCUGGACGCCAACUACCUCCGGGGCACCAUGGCGGCCGUGUUCUCCAUCCUGCAGCACACGGCGUGCCCGGAGAACGUGGCGUUCCACUUCCUGGCGGCCCGGCGGGACCCGGACCUGCUGGCGGCCAUCCGCGCCACGUUCCCGUACCUCGACCCCAGCGUGUACCGCUUCGACCCCUCGCGCGUGCGGGGCCGCAUUUCCCGCUCCGUGCGCCACGCGCUGGACCAGCCACUCAACUACGCGCGCAUCUACCUCGCCGACACGCUGCCCGCCGACGUGGGCCGGGUGAUCUACCUCGACUCCGACGUGGUGGUCGUCGACGACGUCCGCAAGCUCUGGUCCGUGGACCUCGGAGGCCACGUGGUGGCCGCGCCCGAGUACUGCCACGCCAACUUCACCAAGUACUUCUCCGACGCGUUCUGGUCCGACGCGGAGCUCAGAGCCACGUUCCGCGGCCGCCGGCCGUGCUACUUCAACACGGGCGUCAUGGUGAUGGACGUGGCCAAGUGGCGCCUCGGCGGGUACACCAGGCGGGUGGAGGAGUGGAUGGCGGUGCAGAAGCAGAAGCGGAUCUACCACCUCGGCUCGCUGCCGCCGUUCCUGCUGGUGCUCGCCGGCGACAUCAAGCCGGUGGACCACCGGUGGAACCAGCACGGGCUCGGCGGCGACAACAUGGAGGGAAAGUGCCGGAGCCUGCACCCGGGGCCCAUCAGCCUGUUGCACUGGAGCGGCAAGGGGAAGCCGUGGCUGCGGCUCGACUCGCGGAAGCCCUGCACCGUCGACUACCUCUGGGCGCCCUACGACCUCUACAAGGCCGCGGCGACCGCGCUCGAGGAGUGAACCACCCAACCGUGCGUGCGCCGCCGCGAACAGAUCGAGUCCGAAGGGCACAUCGGCGACGAAGGAGAGGAAGUGGUGUACGUACGCAUUCGGCGCAUGCAAUGAAAUGCACGCAUGCAUGCACACUUCGAUCUCGACAUGUGCAUGCAUCAUGCAAAUGCAUGCAACGAACUUCGAUCGAGGUGGGAGCUCAAGGAUGGAGGACUGGAGGACGAAUCUAGUUUGGAAGAUAUUGAUCAAGACCGGAGGAGGGAAUAUUAAUACAUGUGUAGCUCUCUUUUUUCCCUCUCGCUUUGGGUUCUCACACGAUUCUGCCCUUCGAUUCGUCGUGUUUGUAGAGGUCAUGUGGUCAGUCGGGCUGGUGUGUUGUGAAGAGAUUAGCGUGGUGCAGUUGGGGAAAGUUAAACAUUAACAAAACCAUGUAUGUAUGUUUGCAUGCACUACUGAAAACACACACAGACAGGGAAAAAAAAACAAUC